AUGCCUGGUUCUAUUGCAGUUCUUCAGACUAGCCCUGUUCGAGUUGGGGGACAGCUGGACGAAUCUCAGGCGUAUUUUCACAGACUGUUCUGGACUUUUCCACCGUGCAUUGAGACAUUUCGUCAUUGCAAGCCGUUGGUGAGUAUUGAUGGGACCCAUCUAUAUGGCAAGUAUGGGGGUACUUUACUUGUUGCGAUUGCACAGGACGGGAACUCCAACAUACUCCCUGUUGCAUUCCACGUUACACCACAGCCGGGUCUGCUCGUUAUUUCUAACAGGCAUAACGGCAUCAAGGCCGCACUAGAGGCUCCCGACGGGGGCUGGCUACCUCCAGCUGCGUACCGGACUUUCUGCAUUCGACACGUAGCAGCAAAUUUUGCCCUAACUUUCAAGGGUAAAGACGCAAGGAGGCUUCUCGUGAACACCACAUAUGCUAAGACCGAGGUCGAGUUCGAUUAUUGGUUUGAUAUUCUUCGCUCGGAAGAUCCGGCAAUGUGUGAUUGGGCAAACCAAAUUGAGUAUUCAUUGUGGAUACAGUAUUGCGAUGAGGGCCGGAGAUUCGGUCACAUGACGAUGAAUAUCUCUGAGUGUGUGAAUUCAAUCCUCAAGGGUGUGAGGAACCUUCCUGUAUGCUCGUUGGUGAAAGCAACGUAUGGUCGAUUAGCCAAACUUUUUAUACGCAAGGGGAGAGAGGCCGAGGCCCAGCUGGGUACCAGACAACAAUUCAGUCAACACCUAGUUAAAUGUAUCGAGGCCAAUUUGAAGACGGCAAGGUGCUUUACAGUUACUUUGUACGACAGGGAUAACUCUGAGUAUACGGUCGCAGAGACCACUCCUACUGGUUCUUUCUCCUUGGGUAGCUACAGGGUCUCACUUGGAUCUCAGACAUGUGAUUGCGGAUACUUUCAGGCACUUCAUUUCCCUUGUCCGCACGCACUAGCAUGCUGUGCCUACUCACGUGGUCCGCACGUGACUCACAGUGAAAAUGCCAGUGCUGCAGAUGGUGCGGGAACCAACGAUCACCCCCUCUACCGUCCUUCGACAUCAAGAAGUCGAUGUUCAGGGCGGGACGGGGACAAGCCUGUACGCUUCCAAACUGAGGUAACACUCUAUCAACCUGGUGCCACUCAACCACCGCAAAAUAUAUCAGCGAUGUGA